CGCAGAUAACCAAAAUUUCUAGCAAAUUGGAGGGAAAUGAGUUUGUCUCAGCUGAUUUCAAUUAAAUUACAUUUUGUAGAAUGAAAUAAAGUGUAAAAACAAAUGGAAUCUCAAACUAUGGAAGUAGAUGAUGCCCAGCCAGGCCCAUCCAAAAAAUUAGAACCAGAAACAUCAAAGAAAACCUGCAAUUUGCCUUGGAUAGAAAAAUAUAGACCACACACCUUCCACGACAUUGUGGGCAAUGAGGACACAAUCACGAGGCUCUCGAUUUUUGCAGAACGGGGCAAUGUACCUAAUAUAAUUAUAGCGGGUCCUCCCGGUGUUGGAAAAACCACAACGAUUCUCUGUCUCGCCAAGAUAUUGCUAGGACCUGCUUUUAAAGAGGCAGUUUUAGAACUGAACGCUUCCAAUGACAGAGGUAUCGACGUAGUUAGAAAUAAAGUUAAAAUGUUCGCCCAGCAGAAGGUUACGCUUCCACCAGGUCGGCACAAGAUCAUUAUAUUGGAUGAAGUCGAUAGUAUGACAGAAGGGGCGCAGCAAGCGUUGAGACGAACGAUGGAGAUUUACAGUAAUACCACAAGAUUUGCGCUUGCUUGUAAUUAUAGUGAAAAAGUGAUAGAACCGAUACAGUCGAGAUGUGCUAUUUUGAGAUAUUCCCGGUUGACGGACGCUCAGGUUCUAGCCAGGAUCAUUCAGAUUUGCCAGAAGGAAAACGUUUCAUAUACGGAAGACGGCUUAGAGGCCAUAGUUUUCACAGCGCAAGGGGAUAUGCGUCAGGCGCUGAACAACCUUCAAUCCACCCACAACGGCUUCGGCGAGGUGAAUUCCGAGAACGUCUUCAAGGUGUGCGACGAACCGCACCCCGUACUGAUCAAGGAUAUGCUGCUGAGCUGUAUCAAUGGCGACAUUAGGAAAGCUUAUAAGUACGUAGAGCAUUUAUGGAACCUGGGGUACGCGGCCGAGGACAUCAUAAAGAACAUUUUCAGGGUCUGUAAAAACAUGGAUAUGGAGGAACCUUUGAAGCUGGCGUUUAUCAAGGAAAUAGGUCUGACCCACCAAAAAAUCUCCGAGGGCCUUUGCACUCUCGUACAGAUGUCUGGAUUGUUAGCCCGAUUGUGUAUGGCGGCGAAAGGGGUGUCCAAACCUUGGGGAUGAUUUUUUCCUCGCCGAGCUCUUGAUUUGUACAAUUUCUUUUUAUUUUCACAAUAUUCGGGAAUAAGUCAUUUUUUGUUUCUUCUUUUAGUUGUUUUGAUUCCAAGUUAGUUAAUUUUAAAAUUAAUGUUAUUUUUUUUUUUAAAUAAAUAUCCUAAAACCCGU